GGAACUCCCUGAGGCAGAGAAUUUACAUCUUCUCAGAGGAAAAAUAAAUAAGUGCAAGAUGGAGUUGGAGAAAAUAGCCAGGAAUAUCAUGCAUGGAUCUUUAUUAUAGUCACACGUUUUGUGUGAGGAAAGAAGUGGAAAAGUACCAUCGGAUCUAUAUCUAGCUCUCUUGAUAUUUUGAAAGAAGAGGUCAAAGCACUGAAGGGGAGACCAUGUUUGAAGAUCCUUUCCAUGGCUUAAGAUGCUCUUAGCUUGCUAUCCUCAAAGAGCAUGCCUCAAUGGAAUGGAGUUCCAUUGACUCCUGGAAGCAAAUGAUUAAAGGCAUCUUGUCAGGAGGUUCAUCUCAAUGAAAUAAAGUUGGUGGAUGAAACAAGCUAUGGCAAAAAGAGAAAUGGAUAAUCAAACAACAGUGACAAAAUUUAUCCUUCUAGGAUUCAAGACUCUUCCUGAACUGCAGACUCUUCUCUUUGUUCUGUUUUUUGCAAUCUACAUGGUAACAAUAGCUGGAAACAUCCUUAUAGCUGCACUAGUUCUGGUUAAUCAUCACCUUCAGAAACCCAUGUACUUCUUCCUAGGAAACUUGUCUGUUUUGGAGACCUGCUACACCUCAACAAUCCUCCCUAAGGUUUUGGCUAUUUUUAUGAGUGGUUAUCAUGGGAUUUCUUUUAGCGGGUGUUUCCUCCAGUUCUAUUUCUUGGGGUCAUUUGCUUGUGCUGAGUGUUAUCUCUUAUCUGCGAUGUCUUAUGACAGGUAUUUAGCCAUAUGUAAACCACUGCAUUAUGUAACCCUCAUGAAUAGCAGGCUAUGUGCUCAACUAUCCUUUGCUACUUGGAUAGCUGGUGCUGUGGCUACUGCAUUUACAACAUUCUUUGCAUCACAGCUGAAAUUCUGUGGACCCAACGAAAUUGACCAUUUCUUUUGUGAUUACACACCAUUGUUAAUGCUCUCCUGUAGUGAUACUCAGCUGACAGAAGUGUUGAUGUCUGUCUUGGGAUCUGCAUGCACAAUACCACCAUUGACUCUUACUCUGGCCUCCUAUGUUUGCAUCAUCAGCACCAUUUUGAAAAUCCCUUCAACUACUGGCAGGCGCAAAGCUUUCUCUACCUGCUCCUCUCAUCUUAUUGUGGUCACAGUAUUCUAUGGGACCCUAAUAACAGUGUACAUACUACCAAAGAACAACACACUGAGGGAUCUGAACAAAGUCCUCUCUGUUUUCUACACAAUCCUGACUCCCAUGAUCAACCCCUUCAUCUAUAGCCUGAGGAACAGAGAGUUUAAGGAAGCCCUCAGAAAAGCAGUCAGCCAACUUGUGUCUAUGAGAAGAAUUCAAGGAAUCCAAAUGCAGUAAAACCGAAUGCAUUUACAAUGAUCUAAGCUCUAACCCACAGACUAUUUUCCUCUUGAGAAGACCAGCUGUAAUUGGUUGGAGAAAUUUGAAAUAUGUUAUUUGUGGCUUGCAAUUUCAUGAAGCCUCCAGUGCGAUUACUGAAAAAGAUGCUAUUGAUUCUUUAGAUUUAGCGUAUAUCUAAAUGUCAGAAGGGGAGAAAUUUUCAAAACCUAGUAUUGCACCAUUAGGUGCAAAACACACAGUGUCCCAUGAAGCACUAUGCAGAAUUGUCUCAUUUCUAGCUCAUUGGACUCCAUAGCAAAUAUAUUACACCUUUAGCAGCCUGUUGGAAAGAGAUGUUGAUGGACCCAGCUCCACUCUCAGAUGGCUGCUUUUAUGUAAUGGAUGGAAUCAGCUCCAUGAAAUACAUCUGAAAAAAGAAGGUACCUGUAUAUAUUCCCUUAGAUAUGGUUCAUUUGACUGUUGGGGCUAUAAAACUGAAUAGAAUGAACUUUAGGUAGAAGAAUGAUGGGUAAACCAAG